GUUGCACGUGUUGUGGCAAAUUGAAUUUUCUGGCCGGUAUGAAAAACGAAGCUGGACGACGAUGAUAGUGAUGGAGAUGAAAAAAACGAACUUGAUAAUCUAAUAUUGAAAUGUUCUGAUGCCCAAAAAGUUAUUCAUUUUGAUGAGAUUGCUCGACAGAAAAUUCAUUGAUCCGUCAAUUUUGGCCAUCCGCACUCUUCAAAGUGCGAGAAGUGGCAAUUUGUUUUAUAUGCUAGUAGCUAGCAAUACUUUGGCUGUCCAAAUGAGAAAAAAAAACGAACGGCAGCAUCAGUGAUCUUUCUCUCUCUAUCUCGCUCUCUUCUGUUCGACGUAUCUGAUUUGUCCAUAAAAUGGGCCGAGAACAUCAUUCAUUAUAUUUAUUAUCUCCGAAAUCUGGUUUAUAUGCCAAAUUCCAUUGGACCAACAUAUGUACAUUAUGCCUACGUAUCUCAAUUUUCCCUUUCUUCAUCUGAUUUUCUUAAUGCCACAUGGACUUUAGCUAUAUGGACUUUAAAUUUGAAUGGAUAAAAAAAAGAAUAUUGCUGCCAUUGCUAUAUGGCCCACUCUGCAACGGAAUGUUCCAAAAACUCCACAUAGUUUCACAAAGAAGUGAACCAAUCCAAAGAUGGGCACAUACUGAUGAGCACAAGCUUUUUGCCAAAGUUUUGCCCAAAUUAUCAACUCUCGUUAGAUGUUGUUUGUUGAUACAUUAGUCGAAUUUGCAAACUUUCACAAUAAAUAUUCACUACAUACAGCCGCAUAUUAAAACGUUAUUUUAACUGAUAAAUGUUAAAAAAAAAAGUUAUUACUCUUUAAAACUUUAUGGCUAAACAAACGGGGAGGUUUAUUUGAAAAUGAUUUUGUUGAUGUGAACCAGCAAUGAUGAUGAUGCUGUUGAUAGAUAUAACGAGAGAGAGCAUUGGGUAGUUCAUAUAGUUGUGCAAUUUUCAUUCGGCCGUGAAUAACGAUCAAAUACCGAAAUAAAGAUGACUACCGGUAAUUAAGCGUAUUCAAAUCGAAAUCAAAUUGUGAACAUGAAAUGCAAUCAACAAAAUCAACAUAGAACCUUUUCAUAGCGUAUUGUGUGUACAUAACAUUUUGAAACACUAUCGCAUUAAAAUCGGUAACAACAACAACACACGAAUGAACGAACGGUUCGCAUUUUGCACACAAGGUGUGUACGCUGCGCACAAAUGCAAUUACUCACUCACUCACAAACUAAAAUUUCGUUUGAUCUCAUUUCAAUGUUAAUAUUCUUUUGUGAAAAAAAAAUCAAGCACGCAGUAUCUAUCUCUAUCUCGUUAAGCUUACAUCACAUCAUUAAUACGUGUGUUGUUUAUGCUAGCACAUCCACAAAAUAUUUCCGGGGCAUUUUAAGUGAGGAAGUAAUUUUCGUGCUAAAAACCUAAUUCACAAAAACGAAUAAAUAAUUAUUGGCAUCUCAUGAUGUUUUAAAUUUUACGAACCAUAAACACAGUGCGCAACGUGUUUAACUUUGUCUCUCUCUCUCUCUCUGGACAGCCCCGUUGCCGCAUAGGCAAAUUCCGAUGCCAAAUUGCAUCUAUUGUGAUGCAAAAUAAUGUGCACACACCGUUCAGUCGAGCAUUGACAGUGAGCCGAUAAUGUUUAAACGGUAUUCGGUGUUCAAUUUAUGGUUUUGUAAAUGCUCGCUUAUUAAUUCGGAUAUAUGAUUUGUUUUGUUGCACGAGUGCAUGUUGUUAUUCCAUUUGUUUGAAUAGUGAUAGUGAUAGACAUUAGCCGAUUUACAUCAUGUCAAUUUCAAGUGAUAUUUCCGAAUAUUUCGAUUAUUAAAACGUAGCACGUUAAACAAUUCCCAUCGAAGCAACAAUAAAUACGGCCGGGGUGGAUGGGUGUUAUGUAAACAAUCUUCAUCCUAUUUCGGAAAACUCAUCCAAUUAUUAUCGAUGGCAAAAUGCGUUUGAGUUGUGAGUACGUGUGUAUAUGUGCGCGUGUAUGUGUGUUUGUGUGUGUGUGUAUUUUGUUAGGAACUCGUUUUGGGGGGGUCGAGCGAAAAAGCUCUGCGAAGCAUUCAUGCACGAAAAUACACAUGACAACAGCACGUUUCAAAGUGUCGAAGUUUAGUACUGUUUUUCCGCCCAAAUCACCGAAACAGAAAGAAAAGAGUUUCUGGCACAAUGAUUUGUUAAUGCCGAAUGUUAUUAAUUUUUGUUGGUUGUUGUUUUGCCGAGUGGCCCCAGUUCGAUCAGUCGUUCAGUGCAAUUAUUUGUUGAGCAAAAGCAUCGCUGUCGUCGUCGUCGUCGUCAUCGUCACCGCCGCCGCCAUCGUCGAGUGGCUGGAUUUCAAUUUAAUGAAGCGUAACAUUGAAGUGUUUGCGUGCGUGCGUGCUAGCAAGUGAACAAGUGUGCACCCGCGCUCAUUUUCUUUCGCUCUUUUCUCAAUGUCGAUGAUCAUUGUGUAUAGGUCUCGUAAUAAAAUAGAAAUUAAUACGCACCGAGCAAGAAACGUCUCUGGUUGUGAAUUAAUUAAGAUUUUUAUUAUGAAACCGCAAGUGUUCAUCAAUUCAAUGUUGUGGCGGUGUCGGCGACGGAAGGCGGUUUGUUAUUAUUAUUGUAAGUUGGCGUUUGUAUUUAAUCUAUGAAAUUGGUCGAUAAGACUGAUAUUUCAAGUGUUUUCUUUUUUUUCUUCUAUGUGUAAUGGAGCGCUCACAAGUUUUUUUCUCUUUCGUACAAUGAUAACGAACGACCGAAUGCUCUCGAGACAACGAAACAUGCGAUACAUGAAAUCGAAACAACAAAACACUUUCAGUGUGUCUUUGAAGCAAAUUGAAAACUUUAAAUCCGUGCCAUACUUCUUUUUUAUUGUAUUGAUAUUGAUUUCGUAUAUCAUCUUUGUUUUUUUUUUUCUCGCAUGUGUGUUUGUUGUUUUUUUUUCCUCUCAUCAAUCGUAAAUUGUUAGUCUGGCGUUUACUCUUUUUUACUGCGGUUGUUCAUUUAAAGUCGUGCCCAAUCAGGGACACAGUCGAUGAGUGAAGCAAAAAUAUAAUAACGAAUAUAUCAAUUUGUGAGUUCAUUUUUUUUUCUCUCUUCAAAGAGGAAAAUAAAUACAACAAAAGAAGAGCUAUAGAAGGGUGUUCAUUUGUGUUAUUUAAACCAAUAAAUUGAUCAAUCUAAGGCUGUUUCGAGUAUUAAAAAAAAUAUUGGUGGUAAUCAAUGUCGUUUCAUUAAGUGGUUGAAUAUCGAACACGGUGCCAAUAUUUACUCUGGCCAAUCCAAUUUAAUUUGAUUGUCGGACGUGGCGCACUUUAUAAGCGCCUUCUCAGUAUCGUCGUCAUCAUCGUCAUCAUCAUCAUCAUCGUAGUCGUCGUAGUUAGUUUCGACCGAAAAAUAAAUGCUCUAUCUUCAGUUUCACGGAUGACAAACGCGCAAAGAGUGAUUCACUUCCAAGAGAUACACACAGAAAAAGGGGAGACUUCGUCCCAUUUUUUUCAUUUGUUGAUACAAUAAUAAUUAAUCAAAUAAAAUUGUUUGUUUAGAACGUGGGAUUAUAUUGUUCGUUACAUUUUUAUGAGUAAGUGCGUGUAAGUGUGUAGAAUAUGCGCGUGUGCGGACGGGACACAAAGUGCUGAAUAAAUAAAACGGGUUUUUAAUCAAUUUGAGCUCACUCAAUUACCGAACAAAACGUGCAAAAGGACAAGUCUACCAAACAGAUAGAGACAGACAGAGAGAGAGAGAGAGAGAGAGAGAGAGAGAGACCCAGAGACAGAGAGACAAGUGGAAAAACAAUUAAAUUGGAACAAGUAAAAUAUGAGUCAAUCGUAAUAAUCAUGACAAAAAAUACGGCGAACACAACGAUUACAAAACUCCUUUUGCUCAACGUACGAGACUUGCUACGGCAACAAACAUGUGGCGAUGCUCAUUCACAGCAUUCUCCACGAAGCUGGAUCGAGGCGAACUUUCAGAAAAGAGACUGUGUUAAAUUCAUACCAAACCCAAAAGACGAUACAAAAUGUUGCUGUGGUCAAGCACGUCAAACGCAUCCAACGAUACCUGGAAUUGAGCCUGGUUCCCCAGGAGAUGAUUGGUUGCCAAACAAACACACACGACCGCACCCGACAGAUGCAUACGGAACAAUCGAAUUUCAAGGUGGAGCACAUCCGACCAAAGCACAGUACGUUCGUUUAUCGUAUGACACGAGACCUGAAUUGUUGGUUCAACUUUUCACACGAGAAUGGAAUUUGGAGCUGCCAAAACUUCUUAUCACCGUACAGGGUGGCAAAGCGAACUUUGAACUUCAGCCAAAACUCAAAAAGGAAAUACGAAAGGGAUUAUUGAAAGCGGCAAAAACUACGGGCGCAUGGGUGUUUACAGGUGGCACAAACACAGGCGUAACAAAACAAGUUGGCGAUGCGCUGCUCUUAGAAGGACAGCAGCGAACUGGUCGAGUUGUGAGCAUCGGUAUAGCACCGUGGGGAAUUGUUGAACGAAAUCACGAACUUUUAGGACAUAAUCGAGAUGUACCUUGUCAUAGUAUAUCGUCUCCAAGAUCAAAAUUGGCUGUAUUGAACAAUCGACACGCAUACUUUUUGCUCGUGGAUAAUGGAACACAGGGAAAAUACGGUGCCGAACUCAUUCUACGAAGGAAAUUAGAGAAAUUCAUAUCCAGCCUAAAAUUGCAUCCAUUUACACACUCAAGUACACCGGUCGUGUGUUUGGUCAUCGAAGGAGGUACGAAUACAAUUCGAGCAGUUUUAGAAUAUGUUACCGAUACUCCACCCGUCCCGGUGGUCGUUUGUGAUGGUUCCGGACGUGCUGCUGAUCUCAUUGCAUUUGUUCACAAGUAUGCAUCGGACGGAGAAGAACAAACAGUGCUCGAAUCGAUGCGUGACUAUCUCUUAAAUAUGAUUCAAAAAACGUUUGAAGUUGGCAUUGACCAGGCAGAGUGUUUAUAUCAUGAGUUGCUCCUAUGCACGCGCAACAAGAACUUGAUCACUGUGUACCGGAUUCAAGAGAAGCCCGAAGGCGAAACACAAGAACUUGACCAGACCAUUCUAACGGCACUGUUCAAAUCUCAACAUCUUUCGCCGCCGGAGCAGCUGAGUUUGGCAUUGACAUGGAAUCGUGUCGAUAUCGCAGCAUGUGAAAUUUUUGUGUAUGGUCAGGAAUGGCCACACGGUGCACUCGACGAUGCAAUGAUGCAGGCGCUUGAACAUGAUCGCAUCGAUUUCGUGAAAUUGCUACUCGAAAAUGGUGUGUCGAUGAAAAAAUUCUUAACCAUACCACGACUCGAAGAGCUUUACAACACAAAACAUGGGCCAGCCAACACGCUCGGAUAUAUUUUACGAGACGUUCGACCGCAUAUACCCAAGGGAUACGUUUACACGCUACAUGAUAUUGGUUUAGUCAUUAAUAAAUUAAUGGGCGGUGCAUAUCGAUCGUAUUAUACACGACGAAAAUUUCGGCCAAUUUACGCCAAAGUUAUGAACAGCUAUGUGAACACGCAUCGAAAGUCUUCGACAUUUCAACGUCAUCCGGGCGCUAAUUCAAUGAGCCUUGUGACCGGCCUACUUCCCUUCACUUCCGAAAUGGCACUGUUCGAGUUUCCAUUUAAUGAAUUACUUAUUUGGGCUGUGUUAACGAAACGUCAAGAAAUGUCGGUGCUGAUGUGGGCACACGGUGAAGAAUCACUGGCCAAAUCAUUGGUCGCUUGUAAAUUGUACAAAGCCAUGGCACACGAAGCGGCCGAAGACGAUUUGGAUACGGAAAUUUAUGAUGAGCUUAAAAGCUAUGCGAAAGAUUUUGAAAUGAGGGGCGUCAAACUGCUGGACUAUUGCUAUCGUUGUGACGCUGAACGUGCUCAACGUUUGCUCACCUGUGAAUUACACUCAUGGUCAAAUCAAAGUUGUUUAUCAUUGGCGGUGGCGGCAAACCAUCGUGCGCUUUUGGCACAUCCAUGCAGUCAAGUGAUAUUGGCCGAUUUAUGGAUGGGCGGUUUGCGAACACGAAAGAACACAAAUCUCAAGGUGAUUUUGGGUUUACUUUGUCCGCCAUUCAUAAAGCGGCUGGAUUUUAAAUCAAAAGAAGAACUCCAACAAAUGCCGCAAACCGAAGAGGAGCAUUUAGAAAACCAAAAUCUAGAUUAUGAAGAUCAGGAUAAACACCCGGAUGCCGAGGCUCUUUUAGCUGAUACGUACGCGAUGAAAGCCACCAAAGUUCAAGAAAAUGGAAAAAAUAAAGGCACAAUACCAAUUUCCCCAGUAACAUCUACAACAACAUCACCACCAACAACAACAACAACAACAACAAAAACACGAACAACAACAACAACAACAGCAACAACAGCAAUAAAAACGAAUUCAGCAGGUGGUCAGGUGUCACUGACUGAUGCAGAUGCGUGUCAAAAAGAGUUUGCACAAUUAUCACACGACUUCGAAAUUCGACAUCAUCAACCAUUACGUCUUAAGAAGAAAAUUUACGAGUUUUAUACGGCACCAAUAACAAAGUUUUGGGCUGAUUCGAUUGCCUAUAUGAUGUUUUUGAUGCUAUUUUCGUACACGGUGCUGGUUCGUAUGGGACCAGCGCCGACAUGGCAAGAGGCCUACUCAAUAGCAUAUAUCACCACGCUUGGCUGUGAAAAAGUUCGCGAGGUCAUCUCAUCAGAACCGGUUGCCAUAACGCAAAAGUUUCAAGUAUGGGCAUGGAAUAUGUGGAAUCCCUGUGAUGCAUUGGCAAUAAUAUUCUUUUUAAUUGGUUUAUCGUUACGUUUUCAACCCGCAUACAUGGAUGUGGGACGUGUUAUUUAUUGUGUUGAUAGCAUAUAUUGGUACUUACGCAUAUUGAACAUAUUAGGCGUUAAUAAAUACUUAGGUCCGCUUGUAACUAUGAUGGGCAAAAUGGUUAAGAACAUGAUUUAUUUUGUGGUUCUUUUACUUGUGGUUCUGUUGAGUUUUGGCGUUAGCAGACAAUCUAUCUUGUUUCCAAACGAAGAAGCCAGCUGGCGACUUAUUCGCGACGUUUAUUUUCAACCAUAUUUCAUGUUGUAUGGCGAAGUGUUUGCUGGCGAAAUUGACCCACCCUGCGGCGUUGAAGGCCAUCCACCUUGUAUCACAGGUCAUUGGGUAACACCGAUAACAAUGUCCAUGUAUUUAUUGAUUGCAAAUAUUUUGCUGAUAAAUUUGCUAAUUGCGGUAUUCAACAACAUAUUUAUCGAAGUUAAUGCGGUUUCACACCAGGUGUGGAUGUUCCAACGAUUCACAGUCGUUAUGGAAUAUCAACAGAAACCCGUCUUACCUCCGCCGUUCAUUGCCUUUUCUCAUUUUUACUCGUUGAUGCGCUACCUGAUACGGAAAGCAAGAGGUAGAGAAUGGUUGGAUAUUCCACGUGAUAAUGGCCUCAAGCUGUUUUUGGAGAAGGAGGACAUGGAACGACUGUAUGACUUUGAGGAAGAAUGUGUCGAAGGCUAUUUCCGUGAAACCGAAAUCGCAAUGCAACAAUCCACCGAUGAACGUAUCAAAUCCACCAACGAACGCGUUGAGAAUAUGUCACAAAAAGUUGAAGAUAUCAACCAAAAAGAGAAUCUACAAUCGGCCACAGUUCAAACCAUGGAUUUUCGCUUGAGGAAAAUGGAAGAGUCCACCGAUCAGAUUUUAUCGACAUUGGCUGUUAUUCAUCGCUUUAUGUCGGCACACACAACAUUGCAGGACAGCAUGCAGGGAUCGGCCGUUAAUGUUCACGACAACAUUCCAAUGCGAUUGAGAACGGUGUCGGAAACAGAAAAUACCACCCACUUGAAUACUUCCAAUCAAAAUCGGAAACGGUUCAAUCGUUCACUGACCGAAGUCAGACCGGAUGCAUAUAUUUUUGAUGAUGGUUUACAUUUUGAAGUUCGAACCGUACAUGAAGAGGACGAAUUGCUGCAAUCGCAUGAAACAUUGAAUGAGCAACAACUACAGCAGAAACCGAAUUCACGCAAGAUUUCGUUGAUGUCCGAAGAUUCCGAUAUUUUCAUCGCUAAUAAAAUAUUCGGUGGUGGCGGUGGCGGUGGCGGUGGUGCUGGCGGUGCGACGGCUGUAACGGGUAGCGUGCCCAUUGAAACGACGACAAAACCACCGUACUUAAAUAUACAAACGAGACAAGGAACGACCAGCACCGAGAGCAAAGAUACACUGACACCGAUUGAACCGCACGAAGCGGCCAUUGAAGCUGAGGCCGAGGAUGAAGAUGGUUCAACCGAAAAUAUUAUGGAAUUGAAUUUUGAAAUGGCACGCCAAAAAGCAAUGCGACGACGUUCAAUGGGACGACGAUUGUCGUCGGAAUGCUGCUCAAAUUACGAUCUAAAUCGCUCGCAAACCAGCCUAAACGCAACUCUAGCAAUGUCACGACGACAACUCAGUCUCACACAAUCCGAACCAGAUAGUGGCAACGAAUUGACAGGUGGUCCAGUCAAGUCAGCUGUCAUACCAAUCAAAUCAAAUCGUCAAAUGUUGCUUCAAUUUCACUCAGAAUACACAUCCAUUACUGAUGAGCUUGAAAAUGUGUGUCAAAUGAUCACGUCACCAACAUUGUCGAUCAGUCGUGAAAAUGAGAAAUCACGUUCAAAUGCCGAAUUCGCCGCACUUUUGGAAAAGAAGCAUUUGCAUGAAUGCGAAGAAAAUGAUUAUCUCAUGCUAUCAAAGUUGUUCCAAAAUCGAGACUCCAUUAACGAUAGCGACGACGCAUUCGGAGAUGACAAUUCAUCGGGUGAUAUUCCUCAUAAGCGAAUGUUACGUCGCGAAACAGCUGUAGAACUGCCAAUAACACCAUCCAAAUCAACUAGUGUGGCAGGAACAUCGACCGAAGCAGAUGGUGGCGGAGGAGUGAAUAGUGUAAAUGAACGGACAGAUCGAUCGUCGCCGAUUCUAAAGCGAAAUUUAUCAGGUGAUCCCAGCCAUGGUCGAACAUCGGCCGCUGCUCAAACAUAUUUGCUACCAUCAACAUCCGAUCCAAAUCAUCCACGAUUCAGAAAAUCCAUUGAGAGUUUGCCAAAGAAUUCAAGUAGCGAUACUGAAUACUCACUCCAACCGUAUCGUGUGAUAAAACAAAGUUCAAACGAAACAAACACAUCGUUAACCGGUUCAUUCAAUGUGGAUCAAUCGUAUGGUGCCCAGGAAUUGUCACUCGAUACGAAUGAAACAAGCGCACAUUAUACCACUGUCAUUGAAAAUGUUGAUCAUGGUUCCGGUUCGGAUACAGCAUCGCUAAAUAAAUCGUUUAGUGUGCCGAUUGAGACACCAGCAUCGAAAGUGUUGCGUCAACAGAGUGAAGGUGGCGCAAGCAGUGGAUGUGUUGGUAGUGGACGUUCUCUCAGGAAACAAUUCAGCAUUGAUCAUUCAUCGUUAUCGUUCAAAGUCGAUAGUACACCAAUAGUUGGUGCUAAAAUCAAUUUAAAACUUCCAACGAUUAGCACAAUACCAGCAACACCAACGAAAACACUGUCAGCAGUUGUUAGCAGUUCAACGAGCACCGAUGAGUCGAAAGAUGAGCGAGACAUUCCAACCAUCAGUACAAAUGUUGUUCAAGAUGAAAUCGCCAAAUUAUCAUCAAACAUCAAUCGAAGUGCAGAGGAUGAAAACAGCUCAGACCCACCAAUCAAGAACGAAACCAUGUGCUGAGCGAUAGAUAUUUUUUUGAAAAAAUAUUUUGUUUUUUUUUAUUUCAAACGCGCUCUGCAUGGAAUUGAACGAGUAUAUUUUUACCAUUCUGCAAAGUGAAAUACAAACACACACACACACACACACACACACCGAAAUAAUAUCAUACAGAAUGCAAUACAAACACAGAGGAAUCCCAUUGAAAAAGUUCACGUUUAAACGUUGCUCAUUUAAAAUUUAAGAUGCAACAACAACAACAAAUUAUGAAUACCUGAGAACCCGUAUCAAAAACCGCUCAAAAAAUACAACAUUCACACCGAAAAAAAAAGCAGAAACAAAAACAAAUGCGAACAGUUUGGCCCACUGGAAAUACGGCCAGAUUAUUUUAUGUAUUAAAAUGAAAAAGAAAAAAGUGUUCCCUAGUUUUUUUUUUGGAUCCAAACUCCGAUGGCUUUCAUCUGCUAAAUAACGUAAUACCUUAAUCGAUUUAUACCGUUUAUUUAGGUUCGAUAUUCGUAGUCAUUUCAAACAAAAAAAAAAGCUUCGCAAAACACACACCCACACUAACAAAUGUUUUGAUAAUGAUUUCUUUUUUUAUUGCGAUUGCAUUGAGUGGUGCUGUUAUCAUAUCAAAAAAAAAUUGAUAGAUAAAAACACAAAUAAAAGCUUCGACACAUGUGGUCGUUGAACGGUUACAGCGGUUCAUUGCUUUCGGGCGGUUGAGCGAACGAGAAAAAAGCGAUAUAUAAAAAGAAAACAAAUUUUACAUCGAAAUGCAUGCAGUGAUGCAUGGAAUUUAAAGAGGAAAAGAAAAACAAUUGCAAAUAAAAAAAAUACAAAGUUACUGACCUCAUUUUAGGCAUACAAGCAAGCAGUUCAAUAGAUACAUGUAUUAUAUAGAGAUGCUAUUUUGACUGCAACAAGUCGAUUCUAGAAUUCGUAUUGUAAAUGAUUCAACAACAAAAAUCAUCAUCGUUUUUAUUUGUCGUAUUUAAUUUUUAUUUUUAUUAAUUUAGUUCCAAGUUGUACUUAGAUUUAUUUCGUCCACAUUUUCAAACCAACAAAAAAGAGAAAAAGAGAAAAAGAAAAAAAUAAGCGAAAAGAAACAGAAAAUCCGUGUUUUUUUUAAAUUCUUGAACCAAAUAUAAACUAUUCCAAGCAA